AUGGGAAAGAGAGUGGCUGUCGUGCUGGCUGGCUGUGGGGUGUACGACGGGAGUGAGAUCCAUGAGUCUUCUGCUGUGCUGGUGCAUCUCAGCAGGGAGGGGGCACAGGCAGAGGUUUAUGCUCCUGAUGUUGACCAGAUGCACGUGGUGGACCACGUGAAAGGACAGCCAACUCAGGAGAAGCGCAACGUGCUAGUUGAAAGUGCCAGAAUAGCCAGAGGCAACAUCAAGGAUCUAGCUAAGCUGGAUGUCAAGGGGCUGGAUGCCCUAAUCAUACCAGGUGGCUUUGGAGUGGCAAAAAACCUGAGUACUUGGGCCACCCAAGGCAAGAACUGCACCAUCUCCAAAGAGGUGGAGGACGUCCUGAAGGCAUUCCACGCUGCCAAAAAGCCCAUUGGCCUGUGCUGCAUCUCCCCAGUGCUGGCAGCCAAAAUCUUCCCAGGGUGCGAGCUGACUGUGGGUCAUGACACAGAGUGUGAGAAAUGGCCUUACGCAAAAACUGCUGAGACCAUGAAGGAGCUUGGUUGCAAGCAUGUGAACAAACACGUCACUGAAGUUCACGUGGAUGUGAAGAACAAGCUGGUGACCACCAGCGCCUUCAUGUGCAAUGCCCCCAUUCAUGAGAUCUACGAUGGCAUUGGAAAAAUGGUCAAAGAAGUGGUCAGACUUGCCUGA